CGCGAUCUAAUUUUAGAAGCUUUGCUGGGGGCAAUAUAUAAAGUGUUUUUGGACUCCAUUUUUGUUUCAUCUAUAAAUACGAAUCGCUCGACGAAAGGUUCAUUUGAAGCCAUAUUUUUUCGUUAAAUAACUUCCUUACUAUUAUAUAUUAUACAAGAUCGGAUUAAGCGAGUGCAAAUGCAGGCGAUAAAGUGUGUUGUUGUUGGCGAUGGUGCUGUUGGUAAGACAUGUUUGCUGAUCAGUUACACCACAAAUGCCUUCCCUGGGGAGUAUAUUCCGACAGUGUUUGACAACUAUUCAGCAAAUGUUAUGGUAGAUGGGAAGCCAAUUAAUCUUGGACUUUGGGACACCGCAGGGCAGGAGGAUUAUGACAGACUACGACCUCUGUCCUACCCCCAAACUGAUGUCUUCUUAAUAUGCUAUUCCCUGAUUAGCCCAGCAAGUUUUGAGAAUGUACGAGCAAAGUGGUUUCCGGAGGUGAGCCACCACUGUCCAAACACGCCCAUCAUCCUUGUGGGCACCAAACUGGAUCUGAGAGAAGACAAGGAAAUGGUGGAAAAGUUGAAGGAGAAGAAGUUAGCUCCCCUUACUUACCCACAGGGCCUUGCAAUGGCAAAGGAAAUUGGGUCAGUUAAGUACCUUGAGUGCUCAGCUUUAACACAGAAAGGUCUGAAAACCGUCUUUGAUGAGGCGAUACGUGCGGUGCUGUGUCCUAAGCCAAAACCGAAAAAGAAGAAGUGCAGAAUUUUGUGAAAAUAUUGGCGCUUAUAAUUUGUUGUUAGGGGUUAAAAGUUGUUCUGAUGUUACAGAAUGUAUACAGCUACAAUAUUGUUGCCUUUUUGCUAAUGUAGGAAACAUUCAUUGUGUCUUAAGCACUCAUUCUUUAGGAAACAUUCAUUGUGUCUUAAGCACUCAUUCUUUACAAUGUUCAUUUUCACUUAAUUUUAACUAGGCACAGUUGACUACCUGUGUUAUGUUAUGUAAUAGGAACUUAACAAUUUAGAUUUAUUUUGAAGUGUUGAUACAGAACUCUUGAAAUCAAUAGUCAAGGCAUUCUUUUAACUUGUAUGGUUAUGCUUUGUUUCUUAUGUUUGGUUGUACAGAAAAUGUUGCAUAUUGUAUCAUCUGCUUUUAUUGAAAAAUCAUUUACUAAAUUUGAAUCAAAUAUGUACUGCAGACCUUGGCAUAUUAUUAUUUGGUAACUUUUAAAGUCGUAUAUUUCCCCACCACGUUGGUAGCCUUUGCAUUUGAACAAUGUGUAUAAAAAGUCACAUUAUAUAUCUUUUUCUAAGAGGGGCAAUAUUUUCUGAUUGAGUAGUUUUAUAUUUAUGUUGGUGAAGUUUUAUAAUGCACGUUUUUACUCUUGCUGUGUGCUAUCAACUUUCAUUCCAUUAAAUGUCUCUAUAGAUGUUUUGUGCAAAAAGGUCUCGUAAUUAAGCUGAAAAUAAUUGUUCAUUUGUUAUAAUUGUUUUGAAACCAGCAAUAUUCCUUAUGUUACUAUGUACAUGUAAUUACAUAAUUAUGUAGAAAAAAAGCAUUAUGUGGUUGCUUACUUCGUUGCUUUAUUAAGUGUGACAAUAAUGGAUCAUCUUCGCACUUCUGUUUCAUAAUGAGAAAUGUGUAGCAACCUCUAUUAAUAACUUUAGAACAAAGAAUGCCUUUUUUUGUGACUCUGUUUUCAUUUGUUGAACAUCUUGCAGCAGUUUACUCUUAAAUACAUUGUUUUCACCUCAGUUUGCAGCAGUUUACUCUUAAAUACAUUGUUUUCACCUCAGUUUGCAGCAGUUUACUCUUAAAUACAUUGUUUUCACCUCAGUUUGCAGCAGUUUACUCUUAAAUACAUUGUUUUCACCUCAGUUUGCAGCAGUUUACUCUUAAAUACAUUGUUUUCACCUCAGUUUGUAUUAACAAAAGUGAGAUACUGAGGCAUAUGGAUAAUAAUUUUUAUGUAUACAUUAAAUUUUGAUAUAGGUGCAGGUUUUACUUUAUAUCAGUUUAUGCUAUUGCUAUAUGCGUUAUUACAUGUUAAUACUAAAGGAGAAGAUUAAACUUCUUUGUUUCUUUUUUUGUUUUUCUGCUUUUUCGAAAGUUUUUUUUAAAGAGUUCAAUAAUUAAUCAUUUUCAAAAUUUGUAUCAUGCUCUUAUUAGAUUUUGUUUGCUUUUUCCAGGAAUCUAGUGUAAACCUUUCUUUCAAGUGUUUUGAUACGUAAAUUAUAUUAAUAUUAACAAUUAAAUUACAGGACUUGAUUAUCAUUGAUUCUUGUAUUAUUAGUUAAGUCAUUUGUGUUUCCAGACUAUUCUAGAGUAGCUGUAUAUAUCCCUCGGGUUGUAAAUUUGCUUUCUGAAGAGUGAAAUUUAAACAUCAGAUCUGAACAUAGGGUACUUGUCUUCAGUUUACCCUGUAGUUUUUGCUUGGCAUUGUUCAUGCACAAAAGUAUAGACAGUGCACAUAGAAAUUCAUUGGCCAAAUAACAAUGUGAUAUAUUUUGAUAUUUUGCCUUCCAUACCAGUACUUUGAGAUUGUACAUAAAAAAUAAUGAAAAUUAAAUUUAAUACAUUUUUCUAUAGAUUUUUUUGUUAAGAUGAUUUUUUUUACAAACAUUGCUAGCAAUUAUUGUAUUCAUUAGAUAUGUUUAAUAGGUGGUAUGUAAAAUAUAGUAUGUAAUGUUCACAUUGUUAUUGUAAUCUUUUUUAAAGCUAUAUCUUUAUAUGACAAUAAAAUUCAUCUUUUUA